CGGCUACCUAAUGAGAGACAGUCAUUGUAGGUGGAAGUGAAUAAAACCAGCUGACUCUGGACAACUUGGACACUUCAUCACAAUCGCCGUGACAGUAACUUGGCCAGGAUGACGGCCCCCGUCUCUCCCCGCACCCUGCUGCUGACGUUGUUUAUCGCUGCCACCGGGUGUCACGGUUAUGUUCGGUUCUGCUACUUCACCAACUGGUCCCAGUACCGACUGAACGCGACGUUCAGCCCGCAGGACAUCGACCCAGCGCUGUGCACACACAUCAUCUACGCCUUCGCCGCCCUCGAAAACAACACCAUCAACCCCACCGAAUACAACGACUUCACUCUAUAUGGUCAAAUAAUGUCAUUGAAGAAGUCCAACCCAGCCCUGAAGGUUCUGUUGGCCAUCGGAGGCUGGGAGGCGGACAAUGACCAGUUCACCAGACUGGUGUCCAGUGCAGCCAACAUGGCGAGUUUUUCAGAGACGUCCAUAGGUUAUCUCAGGGAGCACAAGUUUGAUGGCCUUGACAUUGAUUGGGAGUACCCUGCCGGAAGAGGAGGGCCAGCAACCGACAGAGCCAGGUUUACAACACUGGUGCAGACGCUGAAUGCGGCUUUCACCGAGGAGUCAAGGAUAAGUAAAAAGCCGAGACUGCUGUUGACCAUCGCCGUUGUUGCUGGCAUCAACCAAGCAAACAACUACUACCAGAUCGAAGAGAUCAGCCGCAAUAUUGACUUCAUUAAUAUUAUGGCCUACGACUUCCAUGGCAGUUGGGAGAGCACAACAGGGAUUCACAGCGCCCUCUACCGGGAUGUGGAUGACUCGAUCACCGGUUGGUUGAACGCUAAAGCUCCACGUGAGAAGCUGGUCCUUGGUAUGGCUGCAUAUGGACGCACGUUCCGUCUAGCAUCGAGAGAUCCCAACCCCACCAACUUUGGACUUGGUCAGCGUUCUGCAGGACCCGGGAUGGCCGGACCAAACACGAGAUCUAACGGAAGUCUCGCCUAUUUUGAGAUCUGUGAGCUGUUAGUGAAGGGAAACUGGAGUGGUACGUACAGCGCCAUUCACGACAGUCCCAUGGCCUAUGGUUAUGUCGGCAACGACAUCAACUGGGUUGGGUACGACAAUAUUCUCAGCGUCCGAGAAAAGGCGAAGUACAUCCGGGAUCGCGGUCUGGCCGGGUCUAUGAUCUGGUCCCUAGACCAAGACGAUUUCCGGAACCUCUGCGGAGACAACCGCUUCCCGCUAGCUGGCGCCCUACUGGAACACCUGCCGUCUGACGGAGAAGUUGGGGAGACAACGACAACUCAGGCUGAAACUUCAACAACAACACAAGAUGAAACAACAACAACACAGGCUGAAACUACAACAACACAACAUGAAACUACAACUACACGGGAAGACACGACAACUCGCCAACCGACAACCACGCUCACAGAGGUCUCGGAAACAUCUAGUGAUGAUUCUACACCUUCUGACCCGGGCUGGGUUACAACGACACCAACGCCUUCAACGCAGACUACGACAACUCCUAUACCCACAGAGGGAACAAGUGUUCCAACAACAAAAGCCCCACGAAAGCCUACUCUGAGACCCCCAAGGAUCCCCUUCUCAAGGCCAAUAGCGCCUUACAGAUGCAACUUUAGACUUGCAGAUGCCAACCCCGACUCUCUGGUCCAGGGUAACCCUCGCAUGUUCGUGGCCUGGAGGCGAGGAGUAAUGAGCAUCGUGUGUACCUGUCCUGGAGCUUUUGUCUACAACCCCUGCAUCAAGCGCUGUGACUACAAGACCAACAGGGCUACCUGCAGUAGGUGGUUCUAAUGGCCAUGAACCAAGGAAGUCAAACACUACCGAAAUUCUGAAAAACAGCAUUCUUUGACAGAGGUUAAGACCAAACUAUGACUCAACAACCGAUACUAUAUUCUCUUUGUAAAGAUCUAUUUGAAAGGCUCUUUUCAAAUUACCUCAAUUUCUUUUGUAAAAAUGUAUACAUUGAUAUAGCUGUAUUACAUUCCUAUAUCUUGACCGGGUGUAAUAUGACAUGGUAUUAAGUGGCCAUUUCAUAUUUAAAGCCCCACAAAAUAUGUCAAAGAAGAAAGCGCAUGUGAUUCAUACCUUGACUUGGAUUAUUGUAUCGUUAUUUUAUAAGAUUUAUAUUUUUGUAUCCAUUAGAAAAUAUUUUCUUCUUAAUAAAUAUCCUGCAG